AUGUCUGAAGCGGAAGAUAAGUAUGACAAUUACUUAUACGGAAGUCAGUUCUCAUAUGGAUAUUCAACAUCUUCUGCCCAAUCUACUCCACGCUACCAAGACACUCCAGUCUCCCAAGAUAAUCCAUACGUCCAAGAUACUCAAAACAACGAAGGUUUUGUGUCAUUUAAUUGGCUGAACACUCUUUCACACUCGGCGUUAGAAUUUGGAAGAGCUAAAAUGUUCAGCAUAAACUGGGCAACCAAACUGAACUCUUCAAACAGAAAAUAUUAA